CUCUCUAGAUGGAAUGAUAUCAGCCGCAGAUGAGCUGACCUCCAUGGUUAACUGUUCAAAAGGUGCAAGAAUCAAAACCAUAUUUUCAAUUACUUUCCACUGUGUUGCAUUAAGAGUCAGGAUGUCAUAGUCAGCUGCGUAUACCAUUAAAGCAUGUUUGUUUUCCAGCAGGGAGUUGAGUAUAAAGCAUGUGCUAUUCCAACGUGUGUCAACGUCAUGUUGCAACUUUUUAGGAGACUGGCCGAGUUGUUUUUGAAUAUCUCCUUACUUUAAGUAUGCUUAAAAUGCCCAACAAUGCGAAUUUUGCUACAUCAUACAUAACAGGACUAACCCCUCCCCCAGUACAACCCUUAAACAUAGAUUUCCGCUCCUGCAACCCAAUCACAACACGAGGGUGGCAAAAUUCUAGCCAAAAUAAAUAAAUUCAAAAUAACAGCCACAGCAUCACGCACAUCCAAAAUAACAGCCACAGCAUCACGGACAGCCCGCUGUGAUAGGACUCCCUCGUGAACAAGUAAAUGCAAAGUAUGUUCCAUGCACGGCACGCUGCUAUGUUCCUUUCAUUAUCGCGUAGUACGACAUGCACUUUCUCUUGAGUAAGCCUAUGUCCCAAGGCUGCAACAUGUCUUUGUAAAUAGCAAGUAAAGCCUUCGCACUAGAGUGCACGCCACAAAAUUUUCGGGAGUGGAGAAGCACUUGUCUUUUUUCACAGUUUUGAGCUAUCCACUACGUAUGCUAGAGCUUCAAAUAGCAGUUGUUAAACUCACCGCAGUCCCAGUUUCGUGCAGCAUACUGUGUAUGUAGACAUGUCAAUAUGUAAACGUUCACGAUGCCCAAUAAGACGUUUAAAUCCAAUGUCCUCUGUGACUAACAGCGGCUGGUUAUCAAUGCAUCCAAAUUCAAUCAUCUUCGUGGUAGCCUUGGCUUUCUUGCUGUCUGCUGUAUAAAGUUCGUGUUUUUUUUAGAGCGUCUGUAAUGGACGCCUGUGUGAGAGUCACUAACCGUUGAAUUUGCAGACGCCAGUUUCUCGUAUUGGGCAUAAGUCUUCCGGUGGUUCGUUCUUAAGUGCCGAAUCAGCUUCGUCGUAUUAAACGAUUUGGACAAUACUCCUCCACGUGACAUUUCUUUGGAACAUACACGGCAAAUUGCUAAUUUUUCGUUGUUUUCGGAAACGUCGUAAAGGUUCCACACAGGCGAUGACAUGAGUGCAGCGCCAAAUCAUUUACAUCGCCACGCAUUAUGGACGACAUCACGCGGUGAUGUCAUAAUAUUGCGAUCGGUUUGUGAGACCGGCUGAGUUCGUGAGUACCGAUCGAGUCAUAAAAUGUGAUUAUCGGCCGAUAGCAUCCCUAUUGGUAGGGUAACUGUGGUACCAGGUUUCAUUAAUACAAUAUAACAUUUAGGAGCAAAUAUACACAGCAGGAGACCAAAGGCAGAUGCUAGAAUAGCGAAGACAUGGACAGCGACAGUAUACUUUCCACGUGUGCUCACAUAAACUGGAAUGAAGGUAUUUUAAAGGAGCCCAGAGUUCUCAAAACAGCCAUAGAUAUUCCUGAUGCAGCGUCUCCUACAAUCACAGGACUGGGCUGCUUUUGUGUGUCUUGACAGUCUUGUCCCUCUCUGCCUCUCUCUGGCUGUCCAUUGACCAGGAGAAGAGAUCUUUUAACAGAUACAGGUUUCAUUAAUACAAUAUAACAUUUAGGGGCAAAUAUACACAGUAGGAGACCAAAGGCAGAUGCUAGAAUAGCGAAGACAUGGACAGCGACAGUAUACUUUCCACGUGUGCUCACAUAAACUGGAAUGAAGGUUUCAUUAAUACAAUAUAACAUUUAGGAGCAAAUAUACACAGCAGGAGACCAAAAGCAGAUGCUAGAAUAGCGAAGACAUGGACAGCGACAGUAUACUUUCCACGUGUGCUCACAUAAACUGGAAUGAAGGUAUUUUAAAGGAGCCCAGAGUUCUCAAAACAGCCAUAGAUAUUCCUGAUGAAGCCUCCCCUACAAUCACAGGACUGGGCUGCUUUUGUGUGUCUUGACAGUCUCGUCCCUCUAUGCCUCUCUCUGGCUGACCAUUGACCAGGAGAAGAGAUCUUUUUAUAGAUAUAGCAAAAAUCAUUGUCUGCAUCCACCUCAGGGCUCGAGGGGUAAAGCUGCAACGGACAUAAAAAACUAGUAUUAAAUCCAUACAUGAAACAAACAAAAAACUCAAACCAGACAAUUUACAGCAGUAUUCCUAUUUGACACAACAUCUACAGGAUCAUAAGCCGUUUCUUCAGACUGCUCUCCACAAGGUGACUUUGAUCGGCCAGUGUUCAUGACUACUGGAGACUUCACAAUAGGAGGAAUUUUUCCUUUGCAUUACAGAGUAGAGCUUCCACCAACAGAUUACAUAAAGAGACCCUUAGCAGCACAGUGUCAAGGGUUUGAUCCAAGGGCCUUCCGCUGGGCUCUCACAAUGAAGCUUGCAGUGGAACAGAUAAACCACAGAAAAGACCUCCUGCCCAACCAUACUCUGGCCUACAAGAUAUUCGACUCCUGCGCCACUCCUGUAACAGCUCAAAAAGCUGUCCUGGCCAUACUGAACGGGCAGGAUAUUGUUUCAGCUUUUAUUUGUUCUAAAGGUGGUUAUUUAUUAGGAUUAGUAGGGGAAUCUGGUUCCUCACAGUCUAUUGUGGUCUCUAGAACUUUACAGCCUUUCCGAAUACCAAUGAUAAGCUACUUCUCAACCUGCUCUUGUCUAAGCGACCGAAAGCAGUUCCCAACAUUUUUCCGAGUGGUCCCUAAUGAUGAUUAUCAGGUCAAAGCUAUUGCACAGCUCUUAAAGAAGUUCGGCUGGACAUGGAUUGGUGUGGUCACUGAAGACCAUGACUACGGCAGGUUUGCUUUACAGGGCUUGAAACGAGAAAUUGAAAACACUGACAUUUGUUUGGCUUAUCAUGAAAUGAUCCCAAAAGACUACACCAGAGAAAAAGUCCUCAAGAUUUUAAACGUAAUGAAAGAAUCCACAGCUAAAGUUGUAGUUGUUUUUUCAGGAGAGGGGGAAUUUUAUCCGUUCUUGAGAGAGUUUAUGAUUCAGAAUAUCACAGAAAUUCAAUGGAUUGCAAGUGAGGCUUGGGUUACAGCCUCCAUUUUAGCAGAAUCUUAUCCAUUCUUACACGGCACAAUUGGGUUUGCGAUUCGUCAAGGACACAUUCCAGGUCUGGAGGAUUAUCUCAAAACAGUGAAUCCAGAAGAGUAUCCGUCUAACCCUCAGGUUCAGGAGCUUUGGGAAGCUCUCUACGGUUGUUCACCUUCUAUCAGUUUAAACGGUCAUCUGCCCUCCUGUACAGGAAAAGAGACGCUCAGAGAAGAGCAUUCUGCAUACAUGAACACAACUAGCCCUCGUGUCAGCUAUAAUGUGUAUAAAGCGGUGUACGCCUUUGCUUAUUCUCUACAUAAUCUCAUUCACUGUACACCUGGAAAUGGACCGUUUGAGAAUUUCUCAUGUGCAGAUUUCAACAAUGUGUUUCCAUUGCAGCUACAGCAUUAUUUACAGGAAGUGUCCUUCUCUGUUUCUGGAGAAGAAGUAAAUUUUGAUAUCAAGGGGGAUUCAAUUCCAUCAUAUGAUUUGAUAAACUGGCAAAGACACACAAAUGGAGAUAUUCAGUUUGUUAAAUUGGGUCUCUAUGACACAGCACAGCAAGCUGGGAAAGAACUGGUGAUUGAGGACGAGGCCAUCAUAUGGUCUAACCAACAGAAUAAGGUGCCUGUAUCCGUGUGCAGCAACAGCUGUACUCCAGGACUUAGGAAGGCUGUCCGUCGUGGGGAGCCUCUGUGCUGCUUUGACUGUGUUCCAUGUGAUAUUGGCAAAAUCAGUAAUCAAACAGAUUCAAUAGAUUGCCUGUCUUGCCCUGAAGAUUACUGGUCCAAUAUAAACGGAACAAUAUGUGUGCCGAAGGUAGUUGAGUUUCUUACCCAUGAUGCAAUGGGAAUCGCCCUGACUGUGAUAGCUAUUGUGGGAGCGUUUCUGACUAUCACAGUGCUCUUGAUAUUUCUGUACAACAGAGGAACGCCUAUAGUCCGCAUCAAUAACUCGGAGCUCAGUUUCUUCAUCCUGUUUUCUUUGACUCUGUGUUUUCUGUGUGCUUUGGUGUUCAUUGGAGAACCCACAUCCUGGUCCUGCAUGCUCAGACACACUGCUUUCAGCAUCACCUUCUCUCUCUGCAUCUCCUGCAUCCUGGGAAAGACUUUAGUGGUAUUAGCAGCGUUCACAGCUACUCGACCUGGAAACAAUAUCAUGAAAUGGUUGGGCCCCACACAGCAGAGAAUCAUCAUCUUCAGCUGCACUUUAGUUCAAGUGUUGAUAUGUACUGCCUGGCUUGUAGUGUCCCCACCGUUCCCCUAUAGAAACACUAAAUAUCAACAGUCUAAGAUCAUUCUGGAUUGCAGUGUUGGCUCUGAUCUGGCCUUCUGGUGUGUGCUGGGAUAUAUCGGCCUCCUGGCCUGUGUUUGCUUUUUUCUGGCUUUUUUGGCUCGAAAGUUGCCGGGCAAUUUUAAUGAGGCCAAGUACAUCACUUUCAGCAUGCUUAUUUUUUGUGCUGUUUGGUUGGCUUUUGUACCCGCAUAUGUCAGUUCACCUGGAAAAUUCACAACUGCUGUAGAGAUUUUCGCUAUUUUAGCUUCAAGUUUUGGUCUGCUGCUCUGCUUAUUUGCUCCGAAAUGCUACAUAAUUUUACUAAAGCCUGAAAAAAACACCAAGCAGCAUUUAAUGGGAAAGGUAGCAAAGUAAUAAAAAAGGUCUUUCAUUUGAAAAUAUUUUAUUGUUGUUAUGUUUUAAAUAAUCCUCCAUGUUACUGA